UACGGCCCAGAGAGCCCAACUCCACCCCUCUUCUUCCUCCGCUCCAUUCUCCUCCCACCCUCCCCUGCGCCAUCGCCGACGCGCGCCGCGGCGAACCCACCGGAUCAUCUUCUCGCGCGCCGCCGAAUUCCCUCCCGCCUCCGCCGAAUCCACCGGCGGGCGCCCGAUCCCUCAUCCUCCUCCUCCUCUGCUCGUGCCGCAGGCGCGGGCGGACUCCCUCUUUCUCUCUCGAUUGGAAGGAAUAGCUGCUUACUGUUGAAUAUUGACUUGCUUUUGUUGCUGUCACAAUGUCGGGCCUGCUGAAUUCAAACCUGAACAAUUCUGCAUCAAAUCUUCAAGACUCAACUGGAAGACCGUUUACAGGGUCCUUUUCUGGUCAAUCUGGAUCAGUUCCAGGGGGUUUCCAUCACUCUGGUUUGCACAACAUGCAUGGAAGUUUAAAUAUGCCAAAUAUGCCUGGAUCGUUUUCUCAGAGGAAUGCUGCCAUGAGUGGCCUUCCAUCCUCUGGGGUUCAACAGCCUGGAGGGAGCAUGCCUGGGAGAUUUGCUUCAAACAACCUUCCAGUUGGCAUGUCCCAGAUCCCUCAUGGUCAUUCAGGAGUCGGUAGUAGAGGAUUGAAUGUUGGUGGAGGUCCAGCAUUUAGUAGUAGCCUGAAUAUUGGUGGUACCAUUCAAGGCUUAUCCUCAAACCUGGGUGCUGGUGGUAGUCGUAAUUCUGUUCCUGGGAUGUCAGUAUCUCCAUCUUUGGGAAAUUUGGGUCCUAGGAUCACUGGUUCUGUAGGAAAUAUUGUGGGUGGAAGUAACAUUGGAAGGAAUAUAAGCUCUGGUGGAUUAUCUGUGCCAAGCAUAGCAUCACGCAUGAAUUUGAGUGGCAAUGUUGGCAGUGGCGGUCUGAAUGUCCAAGGAUCCAGCAGGAUGAUGAAUGGCAUUCUUCAGCAAGGAUCACCUCAAAUGCUGAACAUGAUGGGGAGUUUAUAUCCAACAUCUGGAGGUUCUUUAUCUCAGAACCAAAUACAAGGAGGAAAUAAUUCCCUUGGUUCUAUGGGGAUGCUGCAUGAUGCCAGUGACGGUGCUCCAUUUGACAUGAGUGAUUUUCCCCAGCUGACUGGUCGACCUAGUUCUGCGGGUGGUCCACAAGGACAAUAUGGCUCCCUACGGAAGCAAGGAGUUGGUGUUAACACCAUUGUUCAGCAAAACCAGGAAUUCAGCAUUCAAAAUGAAGACUUCCCGGCUUUACCUGGAUACAAAGGCAACACUACAGAUUAUGCUAUGGAGUUGCAUCACAAGGAACAACUUCAUGAUAAUGUACCUGUUAUGCAAGCGCAACAAUAUCCGAUGUCAAGAUCAGUUGGCUUUAACUUAGGAAGUAACUACCCACCAAAUCGUCAGCAACACCAGCAAGGUGCUAAUUCAGUUCAGAAUGCUGGUCCCCCAAAUAUCGGACUAAGACCACUAAAUUCUCCAAAUCAAACUUCUAGUUUGGGAUCAUAUGAGCAACUUAUCCAGCAAUACCAGCAACCUCAGGCUCAAAAUCCUUUCAGAUUGCAGCAGGUGUCUUCAGCUACCCAGUCAUAUAGGGAUCAGAGUCUAAAGUCCAUCCAGGGGGGCCAAACACCAUCUGAUCCAUAUGGCUUGAUGGGAUUGCUAGGAGUUAUCAGGAUGAAUGAUGUUGACUUAUCAUCUCUUGCUUUAGGAAUAGAUUUGACAACAUUGGGUUUAAACUUGAACUCACCAGACAAUCUGUACAAGACAUUUGGCUCUCCAUGGUCAAACGAGCCAGCAAAAGGAGAACCUGAGUUUCAUACUCCAGCUUGCUACUCCGCUGAGCAACCUCCACCACUACAACCUAUACAUUUUCAGAAAUUCCAGACGCCAACACUGUUUUACAUCUUCUAUAGCAUGCCAAGGGAUGAAGCUCAGCUAUGUGCUGCUAGUGAGCUGUAUACUCGAGGAUGGUUCUACCAUAAAGAAGUGCGUGUGUGGCUCACCAGAAUUCCAAAUGUUGAGCCUCUGGUCAAAACACCUCAUUAUGAACGAGGAUCUUAUGGUUGCUUUGAUCCAAACAACUGGGAGACAAUCCGCAAGGACAACUUUGUUCUCCAUUAUGAUCAAAUAGAGAAGAAGCCAGCUAUCCCUUCAUCCCAAAACGUUAGGUGAAACAUUUCUUAUACCUCCUGGCUCAAGUUUUAUCCUUUUUUCUCAAGGGGAGGAAGAAAUUUGUGCUUACGCUAAGAGCAGUGUCAUGACCUAACUCUGAGGACAGUGAGAACGCAGGGCCAUGCCGAUCUGCAGAGGGGAGGCUGCAAAACAAAAGCGGGAAUGCCUGCUUAACCCUUGUAAUUAGAUUAUAGUGGUGAAGUUUUCCUUUAAUCGUUUGUAGAUUGCACUCUCAGCAACAUCUCCAGGUGACCAACUUUUAGGAAUAGCAAGUCUUAAACAUGCUUUUUUACCGUUAAAGCUUUCGGUGUCGAAACGUAGUUGGCAAAUGCACAUAUCGGCGUUGGUGUUUGCCCUUUUACCUUAAAACAAAGUACAAUGUGGGCAUUAGGCGCCAGAUUGAUUUGCUUAAUUUUGGCAGUCUUAAAACCUAGGCAUGCUUAAUUUGCUUAA